GGGGAGGGCGCGGGCGCCGGCGGACGGUGCGCGGCGCGGUACGUGCGCGCACUGCGCUUUUUGCUUGUGGUAGGGCGACCGCGGUGCGGCGGCGGCGGCGGAGGCGCACCGGGAUCUUAUCCUUAUUGUAUUUUAUUCUGUUCUUAGCUCUCUGUCCCGACGAACGUCCCACUACAUCCCUAUUGUAAAACUCAACGUUUUAUUGUAACAAAGCCAGUUUAUUAUAAACUAACGUAUUAUGCCAAUAUGUUAGUAAAAACUCAGUCAUUCUUUGCCCGGUCUUCAGACGGUCUGUUUUGUUGUGUGAACGAGUGUUACAAAUAAAAUAAUAAUAACGGCGAAUACAGAUUUUUAAGAAAAUUGCUUUAUCAACUGACAUUAUGAAUGUAAAUGAUUUAGUGACCCGUUUAUUUUUUCUCACCAUUAUUUAUAUUGUCGGAGCUGCACCUGAUGAUAAGAGCUCCGCAUCUAGCCCUGUGAACAACGAGGCGUGCAAGGCGCGCGCGGCGGCGUGUGAGGCGAACGCAGCUCACGCUCGACGUCCUGUCUGCGGCACUGAUGGACGCACAUAUCCUUCACGAUGUCAUCUCAUGAUAGCCCAAUGCAACGGCCCACCUGUCACAAUCGCAAGAAAGGGGCCCUGCGUCGAGGGACAAUCAUCCUGCCUGAUAGCGCAACGAUAUGCGCUCAAUGCGCAGAGCGGGGUCUGGUCAGCAUAUGUUCCCCGCUGCCGUGCUGACGGCAGCUACGCCGCGGUGCAGUGCGCAAGCGCGGGCGCGGCCGGCGGUGGCUGCUGGUGUGUCACUCCUGACGGCAAACCGCUUCCCGACACUUCUGUCAGAAACGGCAGACCUGAUUGCACAAGGACUGGUAAAUCACACACGAGGAGGCGGUCCUCGGUUCGCGGCCAACGCAAUAAAAGAACAUGCACAAGAACCGACAGGGCCCAGUUCAAUGGGAACCUCAUCAAAAUCUUCAGCGGGGAGUUCGAAAGGGCUCGAACUGAUACUGGAUCAUCACCAGAACCGAGAGUAGUAGCUGACUGGAAAUUCAGGGAGCUGGAUCGGGACCGCAGCGAUGCUUUGCAAAAGUCCGAAUACAGAGGGCUUAGGAGACUUAUCAAAAAGGUGGUGAAACCGAAGCGGUGCGCACGAGCAUGGGCGCGUGGUUGCGACGGUGACGGAGACGGAGAGAUAGCUCAUGCCGAGUGGGUCGCGUGUUUGCUGGUCAACCCUGAGCCGCCUGCACCGGACUUCUCUCUCCGUUUCUUCAUGUCGUUGAAUGCAGACGAUGACAGCGGUCCGGAACCCGAGCCUGCUGAUUACGAGGAGGAACCGCCACCAGACCCCAGCUCAGUGUUACCUGGAAUAGUGCGGAAUUCUUUCGCGCCCGAUGGAUCAGAGUCUGAAGCGAGGCGAGAAGAUGAAGCUAACGACUGCCUAACAGACAGACAAGCUGUCUUAGAUGAGCAGAAAGCGGGAGGAGCAGCUCUUUACGUGCCCGAGUGUACGGGCGAUGGAAGGUACGCUCGCGCACAGUGCUACAGGUCAACUGGCUACUGCUGGUGUGUCCACCAAGACACUGGCAAGCCGAUCCCGGGCUCCUCCGUCAAGGACCGCCGGCCUGACUGCGACGCGGCACCACAACAUGCCAGUCCGAUGAGAGGUUGUCCAGAACCAAUGAAGAGCAAUUUCUUACGGGACCUGAUGAGCUUCUUCGUUUCCAAAAUGACGACUUCUAUCAACGGUACUGGCCCUGGAGAUAUGGUAAAAUGGGGAGCAUCCAAGGAGGAGCAAGCUGCUACUUGGACUUACGUGAUGUUAGACAAGGAUAAGAACAAAGCGUUAGAACGACGGGAAUGGAAGGCGUUCCAUCAGUUGAUAUCCAACGUGGAGCCCCUGAGGCGGUGUGGUCGAAAGCUGCCCAGAUACUGCGACGUUAACCAUGACACCAAGAUCAGUAUUACAGAGUGGAUGGCGUGUUUGGAAGUCACACAAGGGUCACAGGCCCAAACGACUGAAGCUACCAAAGCUCCAUCUAAUCCUAGAAGAAAAGGUCCGAAUCCCUUGGAAUCAUUUCUGAAAGCUGACGAUUGAUCCAUUGCGUGUUCCUGUGGACAUUGAUGAUGUAGAGGACGGUUACAAGUAUUCGUGCCAGUGUUAGUGGUAAGAAAACUGUGCAGUGAAGUGUUCAUAUCUGCGAACGGACUAUGGCAAGCCAGGAUUACAUUUUUUAAGUUUAUUUAUAUUCAAAGCGUAUUAUUUCCCUUCAUACAUCUUAUUUGGAGAAGAGUUGUGUAUGUAUCUAUAAAAACAUACUAAAUAAUCUCUAUCCAUUCAAUAUACUUCAAACCACUGACGAAUGUGACCAGCCUGUUUUUGUGCGCUUUUACUGUUAUGCCAUAAAUGUCUUUCCUACGCCCUAAUAUUUAAUUAUUAUUAAGAGUUUCUAAAAGAUUCUCAAACAUAAUUUGUAAUUAGUUUAUAAGUAGUUAUUGUCGUAAUUUAUUGAAGUUGAUACAAAAAUUCUGACUUUCACUAGUCGUGUAUUUAUGUAAUUCCUUAAGAACUACUUACUCUGUCUAGUAUCAGAGUGAAAACAUUAUUUUCUGUUUUUUGAAUGCAUAUUGUUAUUGUAUUACCAUGUAUUAUGUACAUAAACAAUUUACCUAUGUAACAAUUUCUGUGCUGCUUAAUUAAAGGCUAAAGCAAAAUAGAUAAAAUAAGUUUAUUAACUGUGUAGGUUUUAUUUGACAUCUUUUGGCACAAAAUUAUGUAUCAUAUAAAAGUAGUCCAAUGUUACAUGUAGCUUUUAUUGUUGAUACUUAUGUAUAAAUUUGUACCUACGAAAAAGAAUACUGAAUUAAACAUCAACUCAAAGAAUAGAUCCUUUGUUUCGCACUGUCUCUGAAAGUAUUUAUGUGUUACAUAUCAACAUAUAUUUUACCCUUUGCGUAAGCUCUGUAUUUAAACUGUGUAUGUAUAGUUUAAUUAGUCAUUGUCAAUUGUAAGGACUAUGUGAUAUUUCGUCAUUACUAUUGCUAAAUAAAAUAAUUUAAUAUUU